CAUGCUGCUCGAGCUGCCCGCCCGCGCCCUGCACAGCGCCCGCGCCUGCCACGCAGCUGAGAGGCUGACGGUGCUCGCGUGCCUGAGCCAGCUGGAGCAGCAGCACGUGGACAUCAUGAAGGUCUUCAAUGAUCCCAUUCACGGGCACAUAGAAAUACAUCCUCUUCUGGUGCGCAUCAUUGACACCCCUCAGUUCCAGCGCCUCCGGUACAUUAAGCAGCUGGGUGGCACCUACUUUGUUUUUCCAGGAGCCUCUCACAACCGCUUCGAACACUCCUUGGGGGUAGGCUACCUAGCAGGGUGUCUGGUUCGUGCGCUGAAGGAAAGACAACCAGAACUGGAUAUAACCCAACGAGACAUCCUCUGUGUUGAAAUUGCUGGGCUUUGCCAUGAUUUGGGUCACGGGCCAUUUUCACACAUGUUUGAUGGGAGAUUUAUUCCGCUUGUUCGUCCAAAUUUGAAGUGGAAGCAUGAAAGUGCCUCUGUGGAGAUGUUUGAACACCUCAUCACUUCCAACAAACUAGAAAAAGUCAUGGAAGAUUACGGUCUUGUCCUGCAAGAAGAUAUGAACUUUAUCAAGGAACAAAUAGGAGGGCCUAUAGAUGAAAACACUCGUGAGAAAUCGUGGCCUUAUGUUGGUCGACCGAAGGAGAAAAGUUUCCUUUAUGAGAUAGUAGCGAACAAAAAAAAUGGCAUUGAUGUUGACAAAUGGGAUUAUUUUGCAAGGGACUGCCAUCACCUGGGAAUCCAGAAUAACUUUGAUUAUAAGCGGUUGCUUAAAUUCACACGGGUGUGUGAGGUGAACAGCCAGAAGCUGAUCUGCACGCGGGACAAGGAAGUCGGAAACCUGUACGAUAUGUUCCACACACGGAAUUGCCUCCACCGGCGCGCGUACCAGCACAAAGUUGGCAACAUCAUUGAGAUAAUGAUUACAGAGGCCCUUCAAAAAGCAGACCCGUAUUUUAAGAUAGAAGGCUCUAAAGGAACACCCUACCGGAUUUCCACAGCCAUGGAGGAUAUGGAAGCCUACACCAAGCUAACUGAUCACGUCUACCUGGAGAUCCUGCACUCCAGCUGUCCGGAGCUGGCCGAGGCACGGGAAAUUCUGCGAAAAAUCGAGCGCCGGGAGCUCUACAAGUUCUUAGGAGACACUCAUCCCGAAAAGGGGAAGGAGAUUGCAAAGGACGAAUUCCACGGGCUGACAGAGGAAAUUGCCAGUUCCAGGCCUGAGAAGAAUCCUCCGUUGGUGGAGCCGAAGGCUGAAGACUUCAUAGUUGAUGUUAUCAAUAUGGACUAUGGAAUGGAAGAACAGAACCCCAUUGAUAAAGUUCUCUUCUACUGCAAAGCUGAUCCUACCAAGGCAGUGCGGAUCACUAAAGAGCAGGUCUCGAAGCUUUUACCUGAGACUUUUGCAGAGCAGGUUAUUCGGGUUUAUUGCAAAAAUCAGGAUCCAGAUACUGUUUCAGCUGCAAAACAGUAUUUUAUUCAGUGGUGUAUCAGGAGGGAUUUCACCAAACCACAGGACUGUGAUGUGGUUGCCCCUCAUCUAACUCCAAUGAAGAAAAGCUGGAAUAAUAUUCAAGAGGCUGAAUGCAGAACUGCUGCAGAACCCAGCUGCAAGCAAAGGCUUCCUUUUGACGAGUAAUGCUCUUCCUUUUGCACUAUUCAAUCUCCUUCAGCAGAUGGAUGGUCCUGAGUAGCAACUUAAGAGCUACUGUGAUGGGCUGUUAAAGAUGUACAUGGCAAUGCAGAAAUGCAUUUUACAAUACAGCAGACGUACAGUUUGUUUUAAUGUUGACACUUAAACUAAGUGCGUAUGGACUUCUCAGAAAGCAACAAAUAGUCUGUUGCCACACAAAAAACCUCAGUUAUCUUUUAUUUGGAAUGUACUGACACUUUGUAGCAAGAGAAACUUAAAAAGAUUGAAAGCCACCAGAAUUAAAAGGAGUGCUAAGAGGCAGUUACUGCUUCUGACAGCGAUCCCUUCUUCAGAUGGGUGCCCGGGAGGCGCUCGGUGCUCCGCGGUGCCCGCAGAGGAGCCGGCGUCGUUCCGGCUGCCCGAGAGGGGUGAGCGCCUGGAGAUGCCACACGUGGCACCUUCCACAGCAAUGACCCAGCUGCCCGUAUCGAUAAGAAGUUGAGGGCGAGGGGAAGACUUUUUUAAUAACCAAAGACGACUUUUCUGGAAUUAAAAAAGUGAUGAAGAUGCCACCCUCUUGCUAUAAUAGUGCCCACAGUUUUUUUUAUUGAAGUAACAAUGCAUUUCAGCAGCAGACAGCAUCUUGUUGGUUUUAUAGUGUAUUUUUGAUACAUUGAAUGUUAUAGUUUUACUGCCGGGCUGAACUACAGAAGCCGCCCGCCCCGUUCUGCGGGCGCGUGCCGGACGCAGAGG